AUGCCUGGCGGCGUUUGCGCGGUGCUCGACUACGAUGUCGAGCUGAUGGCCGACUAUGUCUCCGAGAUGGCAACGCGCGUCGUAAUGCCUCAGAGAUCGGUCAACCCAGCGUUUAGGAAAUUCGUGUCGCAGAUCCUGUCGUCGACUCGGCUUCCGAGCACCACGAUUCUUCUCGGCAUGAACUACCUGGCCAAGCGCAUCAACAUGAUGCACCAGGACGGUCAGAACAACCACACAGAGGGUCAGAUAUGGCGCAUGCUCACCAUCGCACUGCUUCUCGGGAGCAAGUUUCUCGACGAUAACACCUUCCAGAACAAGUCCUGGUCUGAAGUGAGCGGUAUCCCUGUUCAGGAGCUCAACACUCUGGAAUAUGAGUGGCUAGGUGCGAUCCAAUGGGGUCUUUACGUCAACUUGGAUGGCAGCAAGGAUUACCAGGCUUGGCUGGCAAACUGGAAGGAAUGGAAGGAGACCAAAAAGAGGCAGCAGCAGGCUAGUCACGACCGCUUGGUGACUCUUGCAUCGCCUAUCGAGCCCGAUAUGGCACGGUCCCGCGCCUCGCCCUGGAUUUCAACUUGGCAUCAGCAGCAAGUGGCCGAGUAUGAGCGUCUAUCAAGCUUGAAACGGAACCUCGCGCCAUUGACGACGACCUCUUUUCGGCCUGAGCCGACAGGUUGGGGUCAUCCGCUGUCCUCUUGGUCACAGACCACCCCGUUAACGCCUCCUGAUUCUGGAUACGGCACUCCCGAAUAUACCAAUUCGACCGCAUCUCUCAACACGAGCUACAUGGAGUGGUUUGAUGGAGCCCUUGUCGGCAACAACAACGCUACCUCCAGACAUUACUCGCAGCUCCCAGCCUACAACACUUUUCGCCAAGGCUUCCAUCCCUCCCGCACCGCAGGCAACUUCGGUCCAUUUUAUGGUUACGGUCACAGCAUAUGGGAACAUGCUAGCGUUGCUGACUGCAACUGUGGCAGCUGCAUCGGUGUGCACAACAAGCCACCGGCGUACUUUACGAGCCACGCGUACGGGCAGCCAGUCGCCGGCUAG